AUGUUCGAAGACUACGUGUUCCACGUUGCUGUCUCUGUGAGUUAUAUUUGCCUAUUUGUUGUCCUCACUUUCUACAAGUAUGAUGUGAUAUUCAGGACAGGAGUUAUUUUGGUGGCAGCCAUUGGCUUUUUCUUUCCUAUACUCUAUGGGCUUCCCUACAUCAUUAUUGUAUGGAGAGUGCUUGUAGGAUUGAAUGUCGCCACUGAUCGGAAGCUUUACAUAGCAAGGUGCAUUGAGCAAAUAGACAUGGACAAGGCAGAUUUUUCUGGUUCCACUACUCUCAACCAUUGGGCAGUUGUGAUACACGAUGGUGGUCGAUACUUCUGCACUCAGGCUGUUGGAAAUGUUGUAUCCGGUAAAGGAAGAAAGAUUCCGUUUAGAGAAAUGGAAGAGGAUAAAGUAAACAAAUACCGUCUCAAUCCUGUCGGUUUUGUCACUCAAAAGCAGAGAGAAACGAAAACCAGAGAUCUUGUGGAUGCCGAGCCGAUGGUGUCUGGUAAUAGUUGUCAGGAGUAUGCAGUUGAUAUUGCCUUUCAACUCUCCAGUUCUCGCACAUAUACAUUUGUUAAGAUCAUGGCAUUACCUCGAAUGCGAAACACCGUCUUCUACAGUGCAGUGAUACUAUCAAUUGUGUUUACAAUGCUUGACUACCCUUUUGCUCAGCUGUUAAACCCGCUGUUCUUCACCAACCUGUUUGUUGCUUGGGAGCUGUCUCGUAUUGGCAUCCAUAACCAAACACAGGAAGUUCAUCUCCGGUAUAUAGUCUCAGUUAUUCGGGCAUACAUUAUAUAUCCAACAAGGGGGAACUUUUUUAUGCUCUUGUUAAUUUGUGUGUCCUUAGCCUACCUUUAUCAACGACUGGGCAUUGAAGGGUGCAUUGUAAUAGCCAGUUUAUUGUUUGCAGUUGGCCUGGCGCUAUUGAGGUGAAGACUGUUCUACGAAACUUUCAAAAAAUGGACAUAUACAUACGACAUACGGUAUAGCAUGGACAUAUACAUACGACAUACGGUAUAGCAUCUUUGCUACUGAUCACUGAUGUUGCAUAUGUGUAAUGAGAAGUAAUGCCUACAUGUUCAUGUACAUGUAUAAAAUAUUACACAUAUACUUGACGGAAAAUCUUAAAUUACGUAUACCACAGUUCAUUAACUUAGAAGGGGAUCAAUAAAGUACCUCGAAGCAUUGUCUUAAAGGGCAUAUGACUCGAGAGUUAUGUUAGUUUACAAAAUGGUCUGAUAACAAUAUUAUUUGGAAUAACUUUUGAAAUGAUAGUGUCACAUUCAAUACAACAAUAAUAAUAAUAAUAAUAAUAAUAAAAUAAUAAUUAUAUUAAUAUUAUAAUAUUAAUAUAAUUGAAUUAUUCAAUUUAAUGAUAGUGUAACAUUCGACUUAAGCCUGUCCUUAAUGCUACCAUUAGAUCUACCCCUCUUAAUUGAGUUAUUUUAAUAAUAUAUAAUAUUAACCUUAACUAUACUAACCAAUGCAC